CCGGCAGUCAAGUUAUCUGGAGCCCCGAAAAAACCGAGAGAAGAUGGAGAGGCGAAGGCCCCGGCGAUCCUCGCGCCAUUUCUUGCGUUCCAAAUCGAAUCCCUCUGUUGCCGCCGGCGGAGGCGGAGGAGGAGCAGCUACCUCCAAAGGGACUUCCAAUGGAGCCACCCCCACCAUCACAUCCCUUCUGGGGGGACGUCUGAAGAGGGUCGCUUCGCGUGGCCUGCAGGUGACCGAAAAUCCCGAUGUGGGCUUCACACCCGUCAGGGAGUCGGAGCAGUCGGAGGGCUCCGAUGUGGGCGCCGGCGUGAUGGUCCUGCCGGCGUCGGCCAGUCCCCGCGGAUCGGCGGUGCACGGUGCACACCUGGCGGGCGUGGCGUUCGGCGGCAGCCUGGCCAGAAGCUCGGACAGUCCCCGGAUAUCGGAGGAGGUGAGGGAGGUCUUCAGGACCUCGUCGAUGCGGAAUGCCGGAUCCACUGUGGCACCGGCAUCGGGAGGCAAUCUGCGAUUCGAUGACUCCACUGGCGCAGGAAACAUCAACUUCGCCGCCAAUUCGUAUUACGAGGAGAACCGGCAGAGCAGCCUGGAGUCCAAUGAGGAUGAUGAUGACAAUGAUGACAGUCGGAUGGAGAGCAGCCCCAGUUUGGGAGCCUGCAGCCAUGGCUGGGCGCAGCAGCAGCAGCAUCAACCCGCCUCGGGACACACUGGAAGGGAUACCCUGGGAUUCGCCAUCCAACUGGGCACCGCCACCAUGGGCCACAACCGCUGCAGCCUGGGCGUUAAUUGCGAUGAGGAUUGCGGCUAUGGAACCGGCUGCGAUGCCGGAUGCGGAGCGGCCCAUGGCAUCGAUCCCGGGAGCUUCGCCUAUCCGGGAGCUUUGGAUCACGGACCGCCUUUGGUGAUUUCACAACCGGGAUUCGCAGCGGGAUCGGGAGGUGCACCUCCAGUCGGUGGAGGCUAUGUUCCUGGAGGAGGCUAUAAGCCCGUACCUUCUGUGCAGCGCGGUUCCAUGGGCUCAGAUUUUGGCAGUGAUCAGUUGAACUUCUUCAUCACCUUCCUGCUAGAGGUCCUCGGGGUGCUAGUGUUCUUUGCCAUCUGCACCAUUACAUUCUGGAUCACUCUGGGCUACCAUGUCGUCCAGUUGCUGGUGGACCUGAAGAACGCCGAUCGCAACGUUCAGGUGGCGGUGGUCAUUGUAUUCGGGCUGCUGCUCAUGGCGUUCGCCAUUUCGCAGGUGACCAACCGCAAUGGGUCCUGCUGUCAUUCGCGGGACCGAGCCCGCUCCAGGUCCAAAGGCGGCGGCAUUUGCCCAUUCCACAGGUCCACCAAGUCCGCCAAGGCGAAGACCAAGCCCAAGAGUUAUGCGCCCAAAGCGAAGAGCUGUGCUUACAAGCCAAAGAGCCAGAAGGCGGCGGCGAGUACUUGCGCAGCCAAACUGGAUUUCCACUCGCACCGAAAGCCACGAUACACCGACUGCGAGGGACGGGCCAUUUUCCUGAGCUCCAGACGAUAUGCCAUACCCACGGAGAUGAAGCAGCCGCCCACCAUUGUCCUCUGGCUGCGCGAUGCGCUGGCUCGCAUGAUGGCAUAACCACCAAGUAUUCAACGCCCCACGUUGGGCGCCAAAAACAUGAUACGACCUCGAAUGUCUGACAGACUGACAGGGGAGAACUAUCGGACACCAAUUCAAUGAAGAAAUUUGAUAAUUUGGCUCAAAAUUUCAGGUUGAAUAAACUUUUCUGUAAGCUCAAUAUUGGAAA